AAGACUAGUCUAAUUAAAAAUGGUACCGGAGUGAAUUACUCCUAGAUAGAUAGAAUUUUAAAACGACACAAUCUGGUCUUCCCUCUCUCUCCUCCCUCGCCGCCGACAUCGCAACGGUUCGCCGGCGCCGGUAUCUUCCAUAAACAGACAACAAUCACUCCGUUAAGCUACAUGCUCUGCUUCUCCGUUUAUUAACCAACGAUCAAUUGCCUUGUACAGAUUUUUGUUCAGUUAUUCGAUUCAUCAACUGUAGGAAUUCAAGAUGAUUGGAUCUUUUCUCACUAGAGGGCUUGUGCUGGUCUUUGGUUAUGCUUAUCCUGCUUAUGAGUGCUUUAAAACUGUGGAAAUGAAUAAACCUAAUAUUCAGGAACUUCGCUUUUGGUGCCAGUAUUGGAUCUUAGUUGCUGUAUUGACAGUUUGUGAGAGGUUUGGUGAUGCUUUUGUUUCAUGGGUUCCAAUGUACAGCGAAGCUAAGUUGGCAUUCUUCAUAUACUUGUGGUGCCCCAAAACUAAGGGAACAACAUAUGUCUAUGAUUCCUUCUUUAGACCCGUAGUGUUAAGGCAUGAGACUGAUAUUGAUCGUAGUUUGUUGGAAUUGAGGACAAGAGCAGGAGAUAUGGCAUUGCUAUACUGGCAGAAUGCUGCUAGCUAUGUGCAGACGAGGAUUUUUGAUAUAUUGCAAUAUAUUGCUUCUCAGUCAACUCCUCGCGCAACUCAGCCACAGAGGCAAAGCAGUAGAGGUUGCCAGCGCACAGUAACACCACCAAAACAUAGAUCAGCUGCCCCAACAACACGGGUACAGACUGAAGAACAAGCAUCUCCUGCUUCUACUGAAUCUUCAAGUGAAAAUGAAGCAGACGCAAUAGAAGUGCUGAAGCCCUCACAACCGCCUCCAGUAGCUGCCCCUGCCGCCUCCUUAAAUGCACAAAAAGCAACUCCAAGUGAAGCCCUCGCUCAAACUACCAAAGCUUCGAGUUCCAGCGAAACUCAAGUGGUGCAGAUUGAUCGAGUGCCUUCCUCGGACAAUCGAAGUGCAAAACCUCCUGUUGAGAUAGUGAUGGAGGAAGCAGUUCGAAUAACACGUGCCAGAUCAAGGAAGACACGGCUUGCACCCAAUCCUUGACUUGUCGCAUCCGGUCCUUACACAUGUAAGUUUGAAAAUCUGGGUGGUGGGUAAAACGAUGCUCUUUAGGAUAGCGAGUUCAAUGUACAGGUCAUGUCUUCUUACAUUGAGUACUGAAGGAGUCCAUGAUUUUUUUGCAUGGAUUGAGAAGUAUGAGGGGGUCAAGUUGGGAGGGGCCACCGGACGCAAUUACCAUUCAUGAUGAACUAUGCAAAAUCCAAAUUUAAGUACUUUUGUUAGGUGCUUAGUGAUUUAGAUGUUAAUUCAUACUUAAUUCAUUUUCUGGGGAAACUUCCAGUUUGCUGCUCCUGCUCUGGCAAUGAUCAUGAGCCGAUGAAACUUUCAGCUUCGUAGAGAGUUACUGUAAAUUCAGAUACAUUGUACGUUGUCUUGGGAUGAGAUUUUAACUACUUAAUUGUAAUUGGGUUACUGAAUUCUGAAUCCGAUUGCGGUAAAAAUUUUGCUGUCUGUA